UGGAAUUAAAUGUUUGAAAAAAAAAUACAGUCCGGUAAAAACGUAUUUCACGGAAGCAUUUGAUAAAUUAUACACUAUAAUGAAAUACAACAGAAACGAUAUUGUCUAUUUUUUGGUGAAGACGUGCACCAGCUGAUUCCUCCUAUCUAACUUACCAUCAGAAUGCAGUCUGUGAAGGUCGGCUACUCAGUGUUGUUUACGUUGAUAUCAAAACACAACUACUCGUCCUCGGGUCAUUUCAGAGCACUAGCAUGUAUUCAUGGUACAAUCAGUUCAGCCUGUACUGUCCAUCCCAUGUCAACCACAGCACAGCCUGUGGUCAUUCGCAUUCCCAGACACAUGCAGGAGCAGGUAGAAAAUGUGAAGCAAGUGAGAGGCAAGAACAAAGUCAUCACCAUCAAGGCUGGCAAACUCCUAAUCAAAAGCAAGAACCCAGAACUGAAUCAGUCCGCAGGCUACACACUUGGGAAAUUUGAGCAUUCCCAUCUCUCAUCCAAAGGAUGGAAACACAACAGAUCAUUUGGUGACUACUUCAAGGUUAACAACACUCAGCGUACUCCACCCGUUGUCACUGAAAUCCAGGAUGAGGAGGGUGACAAACUCAAAGAGAAGAGUAAACCUAUUACAUGGUUUGGCCAGGCUGUGGCCAGGAGCCUGUGGGGCCCAUUCAGGCUCAUGGUGAAGACAGUGGGAGGUGGGAGAGGUGUGGGCAACAUCAAGCUGGCCUUCACCAAGGGUCCCCCAGAUGUGUUGGUGGCCACACCUGGUGCCCUCGCCAAGGCCCUGCGGAAACGCUAUCUCCCCAAGCUGAGCUUCAUGGUGGUGGAUGAGGCAGACACAAUGUUUGAUCCCAGCUUCUCUGGCAUGCUGGAGAGCAUCCUGGCCCAGACCCGUGCGGCCUGUGACCCCUCAGAGACCCAGGGCCCCGGCUCCACCCGCAAGGCCCAGCUGGUGGUGGUGGGGGCCACGUUCCCCGGUGGGGUCGGAGAGGUUCUCAGCCAGGUGAGGGACCUGGGAGGCAUGGUGACUAUCAAGAGCAAGAAUCUUCACUUCCUCAUGCCACAUGUAAAACAGACCUUCCUGAAGGUGAGGGGAGCUGACAAGCUUCUGGAGCUCCACCAGGUGCUGAAGGCAGCAGAGCAGGACAAGGCUGGGGUGUUGGUGUUCUGUAACCGGGCUUCUACAGUCAACUGGCUGGGCUACUCCCUGGAGGACAUGGGGCUGAGACACGUCCGACUGCAGGGGGAGAUGCCUGCCUCCCUCCGGGCUGGAAUCUUCCACUCCUUCCAGAAGGGACAGGUAGACGUGCUGAUCUGUACCGACAUCACUUCCCGAGGACUGGACACCCAGAGGGUCUGUCUGGUGGUCAAUUACGACUUCCCAGAAUCCCACACGGACUACAUCCACCGGGCGGGGCGGGUGGGCCGGGUAGGGAGUAUGGAGGAUGGGGAGGUGCUCAGCUUCGUCACCCACCCCUGGGAUGUGGAGCUGGUGCAGAAGAUUGAGACGGCUGCCCGGAGGAGGACAAGUCUGCCUGGGAUGGAGUCCUCCAUCAGGAAGCCUGAGCCCAAAGCAGCCGAAGAGGAGGAGGAAGAAGAGGGGUUGCUCUACUAGUGGGUCUGCCACAAAUAAGGAUAUUACCAAAGCAGAACUAACUUGUUUGAUUAAUUUGUUCAGUAAAAUGAUUGUAUCCAGGAUAGCCCGAACCAGCUGUGUGAGACUGAAUCCUUUGUCUCCAACACAGGCAUGAUCAUCUUUUAAUUUGACCUUUUUAGAUGCCAUAUCAUGUUUGAGACUGGAACUAUGAUCUGACUUCUCUUUUUAAACCAGAUGGUUACCGCAUGUCAUUCCAAAGAGGAAAUGUCUUUGGUAAUGUACAAAAAUCAUGCCCUCUUUAUAAGCAGCAGGUGUGCGGCACAUGUUUGCACUUCUCACGGGUAAUCACGGGGUGGCAGUAUUUACUUUAUUUGACCUGUCAUACAGCAGUCAUACAAUAACCAGAGAAGGGCUAUGGCCGAAUAUAGUCUUAUUUUAAUGCUCAUCCACAUGGGGCAAGCCCUUCUUUUAUGGAAUUUAACUCAGCCAUACUAACUUGUUUUGGUAAAACAUAGGUUAAAGAAUCUAAAAAAACAUUUAGAACAAGUAUGGAAUACCGAUUUUACUUUUCCUUCCAGAAAUGAAAAUAAUUUCCUUAAAAGAAAGAGUAACUCAUGUAACCCUUCAUGUAUCUGGUAGGGUGCCACUGAGACAACGGUGCUAAUCUCUUCUCACUAACCACAGGUAGACCCACAUUAGCAUAUUACGUUUUGGAAAGUGGUCUUCACUCAGUUUCUGCUUUUGUGUGUAAUACAGAAGCACGACAUUAAAACCUCCAUAUGUAGAAAUGUCCAUUAAUCUACAGUCAAGUUGGAUUCAGGCCCUAGCCUUGAAGUCUAUCCCAUUGAUGCCUGCGGUUACUUGUUUUAGAGGAAGCAAGAUGUUUGAACAUGAUAAUGUGUCGGAGUGAAAAUAAAUCUCUGUGAA